AUGUUGCAUCGACGCGUAGCACUUGACGUCAGCGCAAUAAAGUCGGUUUCCGUUUGGCAGGAAUCCCUCGGCGGGGUCUACGGUUCGACGGGGGCGUCGGGGGCGGAAGGUGGGGAGAGACGGGAGGGGGGCAAGCGCGGCCGAAGACCCGGCAGGAAGGCGCAACUCGAUAAACAGGACAUGAAAGCCAAACUGGAGCGCAGCAGGCAGUCUGCGCGCGAGUGCCGCGCCCGGAAGAAACUCCGCUACCAGUACCUGGAGGAGUUGGUGGCAGACAGGGAGCGAGCAGUCAUCGCGCUCCGUAAGGAGUUGGACAAGUACUACAAAUGGAACCUCGAGCUGGAUCAGGGGCGGAUGCCCGAGGGCCUCGAGACGAUGAUGAAGGAGCUGGGCGGGGUGAGCCAGGAGGAGAUUAAGCAGUUC